UCUUUCUUUCCACUUACCACGUCGAAUUAAAAAUCCAAUUUUAAUUCUACUUGCCAAACGUUGAGGAAAAACACCAUAAUCCAACCCAUAAUCCAUAUUCUCUACACGUUUUGGGAGUUCCAAGAUGGCGGCCAACUGUCUUCAACUACUUGACAUACCGCUCGAUGUGUACGCGCUAUCAAGUCUCGAGCAUUAGGUUAAGUGCGCAUGCGCAGUAAAAGUGCCGCGAUGGCCCCCUUCAAGCAGAAGAUUCAAAUAUGUGAGCGUACCCUUGUCUGGUUUACCGAUGGAAAGCUGUUGAUUUCAGUAUGAACGACAUGAACCUGAGUCCAGUGGGCAUGGACCAGCUGAGUGUGCCUUCAGUGAGUGCGAGCCACUUGGGUCUGGCCACCUCACCCCCGCACAACACCAUCCCCACCCCAGGGAUACCAGUGGCGAUCCCCAGCCUGGGUCCUUCCUUGGGCGGCCUUCCCUCGGCGCUGUCCCUCAUGCUGCCCAUGGGCCCCCUGGGCGAUCGAGGAGUCAUGUGUGGCCUCCCGGAUAGGAAUUACUCCCUGCCGCCUCCUCCUUACCCACACCUGGAGAGCAGCUAUUUCCGACAUAUAUUACCAGGUAUUUUGUCCUAUUUGGCUGAUCGUCCACCACCUCAAUACAUCCAUCCCAGCAGCCUCAACAUGGAUGGUACCCUCUCUGUGGCCAGCGCCAACUCCUCGGGUCUUGACCCUUACAGCGGAGCGGGCGGCCCACUGGAGCAGGGCCUGGUGCCCAUGGACUCGAGACAAGUCAGUGGCCAGGAAGACCUUCACCAGACUGGCACCCAUGACCUGGACUCGACAGGGUUAGCAAUGGAGUCCCGUGACAGCAGCCCCAUGUCCCCAGACAGGAUGGGUGAGGAGCUGGCUUCCAUGGACGCAGUCGGGGUGGUACCGGUCUCUGAUGGCGGGAGCCAGCCCCUUACUGGGGUGGACUCCUCAGGCGGGGUGAUGCCCCUCUCUGUGCUCGAACUCCCCAUGGUGAUGGAGCCGGAUCACAUGGGGACCCGCGUGGGCAAUGCUGGCGGAGGUGGAGCGGGGGGGCUCGGGGACCAGCUCCACCAGAGCGGUGAGCUGAAUUCGGGUGUUGUGAGUGUGGUCCUCACCAGCUCCUUGACCGGCCAGGCCCAGCUUGGGCCCGUGUCGCUUCACGGCCACUCUGGGAUUGGGCUAGAAUCUGUGAACGUCUCCCCCAUCACCACGGAGGUAUCGCUGGGUCCGGAAAACAACCUGGUCCUGGUCAACUCCACCCUGCAACUGGAGGAUUCAACCCCCAACAAGGAGAGCAUGGUCACCGGUUACACUAUUUGGUGUAGUCUGUGCGAGCGCUCGUAUACCUCAGACUGCCCAGAGCACGGCCCGGUCACUUUCAUCCCGGACGCGCCCAUCCAAAGCCGGGCUCGCCUCUCCAUCCCACGUCCUCUUUGCCUACGCAUUUCCGCUACCGACGAACCUCUCGGCGUUUUUGCACGAGAUAUCAUCCCGGCAAGGACUUGCUUUGGACCGAUGGUUGGCCAGCACUGUAGCAAUGUGGAUCUCUCUGAUUGGCCAGAAAAGGCCACGCCUCAGAUCUGGAAGAUGUACCACAACAACGUGCUGGAGUUUUACAUCGUGACGGCCGAUGAGAACGAAUGCAACUGGAUGAUGUUUGUGCACAAGGCAAGGAGCCGCGAAGAGCAGAACCUGGUCGCGUACUUGGCCAAUGGGAAGCUCUUCUUCUGCAGCACCGUGGAGGUCCACCCCGACGAGGAGCUUCGCUUCUACUACAGCCGAGACUACUGCAGACUCAUGGGUGUCCCUCCUUUACCCGAGGCUCCGCUCUGCCAGUGCGGCAAAGACUGCUCUUCGUUUCCGGACCUCAAGUCUCACAUGGGCAACCACGGCCACAACCGGCCUCCUCGUAGCCACAGUCCGCCUCAGCAGGACCACCCGCUUCAGCAAGAGCAGCACCCGGAGGAGCAGCGACCGCCACCUCCAGCGGACGAGAAGCUCGCCAACGGGAUUUCCAGCUCUUCGUCCUCGCCGUGGCCCCAAGUGGCAGGACAAACGAACGGGAACAACCUUCACGGCAAUCAGAAUUCAAGUAAAGGUACCUCCAGAGUGAACUCCAACGGUCAGGGGCACCCGCGAGAGAAGAAAUUCAAGUGCAGCAUGUGCUCGCGGGCGUUCAUCACAUCCACCAAACUCAACGUGCACUUUAUGGGACACGUUGGCAUGAAACCACACAAGUGUGAAUACUGCAGCAAGGCCUUUAGUGAUCCCAGCAAUCUCAGGAUGCACCUCAAAAUACACACAGGUCAGAAGAACUACCGGUGUACAGUUUGCGAGAAGUCCUUCACUCAGAAGUCCCACGUGGCCUCUCACAUGCUCAUCCACACCGGCGCCGAGAAACUCAAGUGCGACCUGUGUGAGCGGACCUUCAUCCGGAAGCACGAUCUGAACCAGCACAUGUUCUCUCACACACAUGAACGUCGAAUUCAGUGCCCCAAGUGCAACAAGCACUUCCUGAAGACCAACCACCUAAAGAAGCACAUGAACUCCCACGAGGGCCGCCGGGACUUUGUGUGCGAGAAGUGCCACAAGGCCUUCCUCACCAAGUACCACCUCACGCGCCACCUCAAGAUCUGCAAGGGGCCCAAGGCGGAGCGCUCGUCCCGGAAGGGGCGACACGCGGCCGAGGAGGAGGACGACGACGAGGAGGAGGAUGAAGCCGAGGACGCGGGGGGAACCGGAGGAGAGAGGCUCACGGACUCUGGGAGGAGUGAAGACGUUGGUGGAUACUCUGAAAAGUCACUGUCGCCCCCUCACUGACUGCAGCAUCUACAGCCAUGUUAAUUUAUUAUCAUGCCAUACAUUACACUAAUGUCUACUUGUCAUUUUUUUCAAGCAUUAACCACAUUUUCUUAUGUUACAUUCAUAUUGAAUAUCAAAAAAACACGAGCGCUGCUACGACUCUGUCGUUACUUUUGAAGUGUCUAUUUUUGGUUUUGGUGCAUAAAAGGUGUCAUUCUUUA